GCCACGUCGCCCGGCAUCGCAUCCUCUCUCGUCGGAGUCAGUCGGCUGCCAGGCGCGACGCGAGCUAGUUGCGUGCUGCCGGUGUUGGUACAAAAGCCCUUGCGCCAGCCAGUCUUCUUCGCUGCACUUCGGCCGCGGUCGGUCGAUCCCGCUCUCUCGGAGGUUCUCUCCUCUUCCCUUUCCUCUUCUCUCUCUCGCUCACUCUCUCUCUUGUGUGUGCGCGCGAUCGUUACUCUGGUGAGAGAACGUCCGCGAGCGCCGUGGACCAAGCGGCAGGUGAAAAGCCGAUGGUUAUAUAGUUCGCGCAGUUUCCGGAGAGACGACACCACGGGAUAUAUAUACACAGCACGUUGACAUCCCGACGUCCUGUCAUCGGCGGAUUAUUGCGACGACGCGGUCUUCGAAUAACGACCCGAAUAUAUCGGAAAUACGCGUUGACGUUUCAGCGGCGUGGGUAGAGAAACUGUGUGCUCUGUAGUGCCCUCGAUAGGGAUAGACAGAUAUCCCGCGAGACAUCGAGAGAGUAUUCCGUGAGAGAUUUGAAUGAUAGCUGUGUAAUAGUUUGAAGAACAUCAUAUCUCGUCGAGAGAUAGAGAUCGAGAGCUUGAAGGGUUCCGGAAUUAACGCUCUCCGUUCACGAAAUCUAGACUGAGAGAAAAUUUCGAAUUGCAACCUAACUUUAAGCCCCGAGAUCUAUCAAGACCGGCCAAUCUCCGAUAUUCAACAGGGCCAAUUAGUGGGGCGGAUUAAUUGUGCGCAGACAGCAGUUCCAAGUUGAAAAAAGGAAUAGUUUAUUUUUCGAGGAGCAGCAUGCUGUCGAACAGCAACGCGUGUUCGACACGAGACAAGAAAUAAACACAAGUCGGAGCAGAAUUAGCUGACGGCCGCGGAGUUAAAUACUCCAGGUUCGCGACACGCGAGCUAAAACGAAUAUUUGUAAAUUUCAUAUCCGGCACGAAAUCAACGCGCAUCCGCCCCCGCGUACAUCCAGCACAUAUACAAGACGAGUCUCGCAACAGCAGCAGCGAACGCGAUAUCAAGCCGGUCGUUGCACCUCGCCUGCUCACUUUGGUAAAUCUCCUCCGGGGGACGCCUCCUCGCAAUAUACCGUUAUUACCACGAUCAGACGUGGUCUCCGCCUCUCGUGUCUUCUCGCGCAACUGUCCCACAUCAGUUGCGAGCAGACCAUCUCCAUUCUGCUUCCCGAUUUCAACGAGGACGCUUCGAGUGCUUAUUUUCCGUAGAAACGUCACGAAAGGGACGUGUCCGGAGAUAUUAUAUUCUUCUCCCGGAGAGUUACGAGUGUUCGCAACGAAACGUUAGAUUGUAGUUACUUCGGUAUAUCAAGUCGGCGAUAGGAGGCCGAUAGGAAGAGGCGUGUACGAUUUCGAUUAUUCUCGAAGACUCGUAGAUCCCAAGCGAGUGAACAAAAGUGCCGAUUGUUGCGUGGGAGCAGGAGAAGGCUAGUCGGGCGAUACUCGAGAAAAUUCCAACCGCUGUUAUGCGCACGCUGACCGAAGCGAUGAAGCAUCGCGCGAUCAGCUGACUAGUCGAGCUAUUCGGCGGCCGGACCGCUGAUAAGGACACUAUCAGGGACAAACAGAGACGGCCGCAGCCUGCUUGCUCUGUCAUGACAUUUGGUACCCCAUUUCACACCGAGAAGUCGCAGCUAGCCAGCGAGAACUCCACUCGGACCGGCAGCAUGGCGGCCGAAGAGGGGAUGCUGGGUGGUGGUCUGGGCGUAAAACUGAAAUGCCCGACUCCCAUAUCGCGGUUGAGGGUGGAAAAGAUCGAGGGCGGUCUGAUGGUCGCCGGCGUGGUAAUAGCGGCGAACUGUCAGAUCGCACUUCCGGCGUUCGGUACCCUCUUCAUGCUCGUCGGCGCCGUACUCACUGCUGCGUCUUAUCGCGGUCCCGGGGAAGACGAGGACAAAAAUUCGUACGCCGCGCGAAUCGCCUUUACUGGCAAUUCUCGUAUCUUGGGGCCGAUUUGCAUCGUUGUGGGCGCCCUUAUGCUCGCCCUCGGCGUGCUGCUCUGCAUGCUGACAAGACGCGCCAGGCGAAGAGAGCGUAGGGUGGGCUUCCACUGCCCGCUUCACGGGGACUUCUAUCCUCUUAGUCCAGUCCAGGGUAUCAAGAUGCUCGGGGUAUCUGGCAAGGAUGUAAGUGGAUGGCCGAAGAUCCCGUGUCUGAAGGGUCGCGCGUCCAGCAAAGGCGGAAGUGGCGCAGGAGGACCCCACGUGGGUCCACCGCAGUGUCCGCACUCCGUUUUGAGCAGCACUCGCAGCUCCGUCAGCAGCUCGCCUUUGAGUCCGUGCCCGACCCCCAUGCCCUUCCUGGUGACUUCGGGGUCUGUGAGUAGCGGCAUGGUGCAAAGCGUCGGAGCCAAUUUAUCGCCGGACCAAACAUUCGGAUCGAUCCGGUCGCUCUCGGUGACGAGGGAAGUCGCCAGUUUCCCUCUAUCUCGAACACCCACGCCGCCUCCGCAGCAUAGAACGUCGGCAUCGCUGGCGGCGAACCCCGAGGAGCUGGUGGGCGUUGAUAGCCCUCUGCGGGAAGCCUCUCCCAGGCCGGAGGUGCGCGUGGUCGCGCCAUCGCAUCGGCCGCCACCGACGUCCGUCCUGGCGGCGGCGAACGGGGUUCACCAUCAGCACCACCACGCCGUCUCCUCGGCGAGCCGCAAAUCCGUCAGCAUACUGUUGCCCGAUCAGACCAGCGGAUGACCCCAGUUGCUGCAGCAGCAGCAGCAGCAACAGCAGCAGCAACCCGGCUUUGUACACCGUUGCGAUGAGGCGCCGCUCUCGAUCUAGAAUCAUAGUCGCCCGUCCGCGCUCAGGACGUCUCCGGCUAAGACAGACGAUGACAGGCGAAUAUGCGCGAUCGUCCGGGUAACUGAGAAUUAAUUAAUCUCGCGUCUAUUCUAGUGCUAGUGACGAGUUCGCAUGGCGAUCUCGGGCGCGCAAUCUCCGCAUGAGCAAGGGCAAUCAGCCGUGAACUCGGAACUUCGUUAGAGAACGAGUGAUUGAUGACCGGUUAAUGUCGUAUAACAUCAACCAUGGUUUGAUCAAGAUUCGCAGUUAGACCCGCGCGUUAUUGUAAUAGAUGAGAGAGUUCAACUCAAUGGUAGACGUGAAAUAUCCGUAUCAUUCUUUCUCUUAUCGCUCGAAUAACGAUGACGUUUAUUCGGGAACCGACAUAAUCGGAUUUUAUUACGAAUCAUUGUUGCUCUAUGCGGAGAUGCGUUGCUCAACCUUGAUCUCGACUAGAAACCGUGCUUAGUGUCUCCACAUUUGAAUGCUUGGUGACAAGUCUUAUCAUUACCAAACCGUAAGAUAAUAUGUCACGUAUUAUCGUGAAUUGUAUGUGUGUGCAUGUGUGUAUGUGUAUACAGUGGAAAUUUCUCUCUGUAUUUUGUACAUAGUCGGGAGAGAAAAGGGAAACGACGAGACGUUGGAAAAAUUUUACAUUUCCGAAUUACGACGAACCCGUUCGCGCUUCAAUUUACGCUCGCUGUAUUAUUAGAGCGUUUUUACGCAUUAAUAAUGAUCUAGAGUCAUUCAACGUGCAGUACUGAUCAAAAGGUGCUAUUUUAACAUGCACACGUUGAUUUGCAUAUGAGUCGAUAAUUUUAGGAAUCAUAUAGGAAUUAAAAAUUAAAAAUUAAUGUGCAACCGCAGUAUAAAUGUAUUGCAGAAUAUGAUGUAAUGUGUAUAGAAAAUUAUCAGACUCGUAGAUAAAGAAUAACAUGCAGGACUACAGGCUUAGGAGAAUUUUCACUUUGCUUGAUAAGUAGAACAGAUAUAUUUACGUUGGGAGAACGUAUAACAAAAUUGUGAAAACCACUAAAGUUGGUGUCAGUUUUCUAUUUAGUUGAAAUCGAUUUUUAUUUUAUAUAUGAAAUUUGUAUAUAUUUUGCCAAUAAAGAUAAUCGAAAUUCUUCUUGACAACUUGCGCACUCGAGUUCUAUUAUAUUUUAUCGCUUCGUAAAUAAAAUUCUGAUAAUAUCUUUAGGGGUUUUAUCAUCAAUGUGCGUUCUCUCUCUCUUUGUUUUCUUUUUGCGAUCGCGAUAAAAAGAAGGAAGUUUCCGCGAAUCGAAUUUUUCACAACAUCGUUAGUUCUUUCGAUGCCAUGUAAAAGAAAAGAAUAAUCUACGCAUAAACUCUUUUCUUGCAAUAUAAAAUUAAAAUAUGUAUCGAAGAAAUUAUUCAAAAUUAAAAGUGGCUUAUUCCGUUAAGAGUUUAAUUCGGUGGAACAUGUGCUUGCAAAUUAAUACGAACAUAAUUUACCUUUCUGCGCAUCAAGGAUUAAUCUUACACCGGUACAUGAAAAUUCAUAGCAUCCUUUUGCCGCGCAUCGAAAGGGUUAACGUCUGGCAGAGAAAGACACCCAGCACGGUUUCGCACUAAUUAAGUGCGUUAAUUAAGUCUCAGUUAUUCUCGACUCGCGCCGGACGACACACCCUUCCUACCUACACCGCCAAGAGGAGCAGCAAGCUCUCGCGAUCACAAAGAUGCAUCCAGUAGAAUACUCUACAUGUCGCAGCGGCGCGCGUUUCUGGCCAAAAGUAGUCCUUAAGAUAUUCUUGCGCGCGCGAUUGUAUUUAACACGUCCCUCUAAGGCGAGGAAACACGAUCCAACGAAGCGAGAGGUCGAGAUCACGCCGAAUCUUUUCCCUCUUGCAAACUGACCCUCUUAAUUUUCUAAACAAAGUCUCCUGAAUUAUUAUUAGUUUCAUCGUCAACAAUAAUCUAGAGUCACUGAAGUUUAUUUCUAGACACUCUUGAUUUACCACAAUUUUUGAUUUGGAAAUAAAAUAGGCCUCCGAAUAUCGAGCGCGAGAGUUACUAGACUUCA